GCAGCACACUGAUAAGAUCUCACAGCUUGCAAUUCUACGCUGUCAUCUGAAUUCAACAUCAACUAUCUUUACUCUGGUCCCUGCAAGAUGCCAGCAGCCCUUGCAGAGAACAGCCAGGUUAUCUGUGAAGUAUGGGCGAACAACCUGGAAGAAGAGAUGAGGAAAAUUCGAGAGAUUGUUCUAAGUUACAGCUACAUUGCGAUGGACACAGAGUUUCCUGGGGUGGUUGUAAGGCCAAUUGGUGAAUUCCGCAGUUCCAUAGACUAUCAAUAUCAGCUCCUUCGGUGUAACGUCGACCUUCUGAAAAUUAUCCAGCUGGGCCUGACUUUCACAAAUGAGAAAGGAGAAUAUCCUUCUGGCAUCAACACCUGGCAGUUUAACUUUAAAUUCAACCUUAC